GCUCGUUUCCUUACCAGAGUUUGAACCCGUGUUCGCUUCCUGGCUUGCUCGGCCCGGCGAACAGAUCUGAGUUUCCCCCCCAGCAUGGGGCAGUGACGUGCCCUGCCUCCUGCAGACAUGUCCUCGGGCGCCGCCACCACGGCUGUAAAGAUUGGAAUAAUUGGUGGAACAGGCCUGGAUGACCCAGAAAUUUUAGAAGGAAGAACCGAAAAAUACGUGGAUACUCCAUUUGGCAAGCCAUCCGAUGCCUUAAUUUUGGGGAAGAUAAAAAAUGUUGAUUGUGUCCUUCUUGCAAGGCAUGGGAGGCAGCACACCAUCAUGCCUUCAAAGGUCAACUACCAGGCGAACAUCUGGGCACUGAAGGAGGAGGGUUGUACACAUGUCAUAGUGACCACGGCUUGCGGCUCCCUGAGGGAGGAGAUUCAGCCCGGUGAUAUCAUCAUUAUUGAUCAGUUCAUCGACAGGACCACUGUAAGGCCUCAGACCUUCUAUGAUGGGAGUUGUUCCUCUGCCAGAGGAGUGGGCCAUAUUCCAAUGGCUGAGCCAUUCUGCCCCAAGACGAGAGAGGUCCUCAUAGAGACUGCUAAGAAGCUAGGACUCCGGUGUCACUCAAAGGGGACAGUGAUCACUAUCGAGGGGCCUCGGUUUAGCUCCCGAGCAGAAAGCCUCAUGUUCCGCACCUGGGGGGCGGAUGUUAUCAAUAUGACUACAGUUCCAGAGGUGGUUCUUGCUAAGGAGGCUGGAGUUUGCUAUGCAAGUAUUGCCAUGGCAACAGAUUAUGAUUGCUGGAAGGAGCACGAGGAAGCGUUCACCUGUGUUCUGUCACCUCAUGUGUUCUACGCAAUGCAAGAUAUUUUCAAAUAUGGCCCAGUUUUCAGUUUUACUGCCGAGACACUAAAAUAGCAUGGCUGCCCAGAAGAAAAGAAGACUUUCUAAUUCCAGUCACCUCGGGAAUUCCUGCUAAAUUUGAAAAAACAUGGAAAAUACAUGCAGCUUUCGUGCCUUUGUCUGCUUAGGAAGAAUGUGAGAAGAAAGACAAGAAAUUGCACAUGUUGGGGAUUCUUUCUAUGAGACUUGGGCUGGUUCAAAAGACAAGAAAAGCAAAUGACCAGUAAACAUGCAGAAAAAAUCCUUACAUUAGAAAAAAGAUAAGGAGAUACCAAUUCCCCACCCUUUAUUAGAUUCGCAACAAUAAAGGGAAGUGUUAGGUAAUAUCUAGUUUCCCAUGUUGCCAAGGUGUAUAAAGAAGAAAUGGGACUAUUGGGCUUUUUACGUGUGUGGCUGUAAAUUGGUAAAAUUUUUCUGGAGAGCAGUUUGAUAAAAUAUAUCAAGAAGCUUAAAAAAUAAUUAUACUGUUUGAUCUGGUUACUCAUAGGAAUUUAUCUUUACAAAGUUAUCAGAGAUACAUACAAAGAAUUUUGUAUAAAGAAGGAUGUUCAAUAUAGUGUUAGUUAUAAUAGCAAAAAAAUGAAAACAAUCUUGAAUAUCCAACAAUUGAAGGUAAAUUAUGGGUUAGCUGUAAUUAGAUUUUGAAGCAGCCAGCUGAAGAUCACAUUUUCACAUAAUAUCUAAUGUCCUAAACUAACUGUUGCUGUAUUAAUAUGAAAUGAAUAAAGGAUAUGUAAGCAAUGACAGUACUUUGUUUUAAAAUUCUAUGUAACUGUACAAAAAGAAUAGAAAGAAAUGUAAUCUUUUAUCCUAUUUAGAGGAGAGAUACUGAAUAAUUUUUAUUUUUUUUUAUAUUUUUCUGUAUCUUCACAUUUUUCUACAAUGAAUAUGUAAUCAAAUAUUAAAGUUGUUUGCUUUAAAAAUCAAAAUGGACUUGGAGAAUCCAUUUCUGUAAAACACAGUGUCUGGUAAUGACGUGAGAUUUAAGACGCCCAUAUUAAGAAGAGUUCUGUUUAAGGAAGCAACGUCUUUAUUCCACUGAAAAAGAGGAUUGUUAAUGGCUACACAGAACAGUACUUGGAUUUGCCAUGACUUCCUGAGAAAGACUGGGUGUUUAAUACUGAA